CAAAUCGAGUACCUCAAUCCAUUUACAAACUCAUGGCCAACGUCCGAGCAGCUUGUUUUCUCAUCCUCCACUUUAUUACAUUAUUUUUGGUACAGUCUUGCAUGUUUAACGUCUUUGCUAAUGCUGCAAUUCUCAACAUUACCACAGAUCAAUCUGCUCUUUUGGCCUUGAAAGAUCAUGUUUCUUAUGAUCCUCAUCAUGUUUUAACAAACAAUUGGUCCACCUCUACUUCUGUUUGCAAUUGGGUCGGUGUCACUUGUGGUUCUAAACAUCUCCGAGUCAAAGCUUUAAACAUUUCCUACAUGGGCCUUGUUGGUACCAUUCCUCCGCACAUUGGGAACCUUUCGUUCCUUGUUAGCCUAAGCAUAAGAAACAACAGUUUUCAUGGCUCAUUGCCAAAUGAGUUGUCGCGUCUUUAUCGCUUGGAAUACUUAAACUUUGGAUUCAAUGAAUUCAUAGGUACUUUUCCACAAUUUCUAUCUAACAUAACUUCGUUGCAAAAAUUUUAUUUUGCAUAUAACCAACUUUCAGGAUCCAUACCUUCCUCUAUAUUCAACAUAUUUGGCUUGCAGAAAAUUAGUCUUAGAGGAAACAAACUUGCGGGUCCGAUGCCAUCCAUCUUGGUCAACGUAUCUUCGUUGCAAGUCAUUGAUCUAAGCUUUAACAUGUUGGUUGGUACACUACCAAUGUACAUCUUUGAUCAUCUUCCUAAGUUACAAGCUAUCUCUUUGAGUAGCAAUCAACUUCAUGGUCAACUUCCGUCCACUUUGUACAAGUGUAAGCAGUUACAAGUUCUAGCCCUUUCCAUGAAUAAUUUCAAUGGAAGGAUAUCUCCGGAAAUAGGGAACUUAACCAUGCUUACAGAGUUAUAUCUUAGUGACAACAAAUUUGAAGGUACCAUCGCAUCCAGCUCCUUGUUCAAGUGCAAAGACCUACAACUGUUAGAUUUGGCUAUAAAUAACUUCACAGGAAGAAUACUCCCGAACAUAGUAAACUUAACCAUGCUUACCGAGUUAUAUCUUGAUCAAAAUAACUUUGAAGGUUCAAUACCGAGUGAAAUUGGUAACCUCCAGAGUCUAGAGUAUAUUAGCGCCGUAAUCAAUGGUUUUGUUGGCCCAAUUCCAUCCGAGAUCUUCAACAUCUCAACUAUACAAACUAUUUCAAUGGGGUAUAACAAAUUUUCAGGCCAUCUUCCAUCAAAUAUGGGCCUCUUCCUUCCGAAGCUCAGACAACUAGGUCUUCCAGAAAAUAAAUUGAGCGGAGGAAUUCCCAACUCCAUCUCCAAUGCUUCACAGCUCACUCUCCUAGACUUGAGUCGUAACUCAUUGUCGGGCAUAAUUCCAGAAGCACUUAGUAAUUUAAGGCUCCUCGAGUGGCUAAACCUGGAAUUUAAUAAUUUGACCAUGGGAAGUCAAGAAUUGAGUUUAUUCUUUUACUUAUCGAAUUGCAAAAAUCUUAGAAUAAUAUCUUUUUCAUUAAAUCCCCUUCAUGGCUUCCUUCCCAAUUCCGUUGGUAACCUUUCUCUCUCUCUUCAAAGACUUUACCUAUCUUCUUGCCAUAUUAAGGGAAGCAUUCCGGCAGAGCUUGGGAAUCUAAGUAGUUUGAUUAUUUUGGAACUAUCCAACAACGAAUUGAAAGGACCUAUUCCAACUACAUUAGGAAGAUUGCGCAUGUUACAAAGUUUGUCCCUUGGAGCUAAUAAACUAGAGGGUCAUAUCCCGUCUGAUCUUUCUCAUCUAAAGAGUUUGUAUGCCUUGUCUCUAGAUAGCAAUAAGCUUUUUGGACAUAUUCCAACAUGCAUAAGCAAUCUAACUUCCCUAAGAUCUCUCUACUUAGGUUUCAACCAAUUAACAUCCACGAUUCCUUUGAGCUUGUGGAGCCUUACAAAUCUCUUGCAGGUUGACCUGUCAUCCAAUUCGUUAACUGGCAUUCUUUCAUUAGAGAUUGGAGAUAUGAAAGUCCUAAGGAUGUUGAAUCUAUCAAGAAAUCAACUAUCAGGGAAUAUCCCAAUAACAAUUGGUGGUCUCAUAGAUCUAACUAAUCUCUCUUUAGCAGUCAACCAACUAGAAGGUUCAAUUCCAGAGUCUUUUGGUGCACUUUUAAGCUUGGAGAUCUUAGAUCUUUCCUGUAACAAUUUAUCUGGAAGAAUUCCCAAGUCCUUAGAAGCACUUGUGUACUUGAAGUAUCUAAAUGUCUCUUUCAAUAAUCUACAAGGGAAAAUUCCGACGGGAGGGCCAUUUGUACACUUAUGGCCUGCUUUGUUUAUCUCAAAUGAUGCGCUUUGUGGUGCUCCUCGAUUACAAGUUCCUCCAUGUGAAGAAGGUUCUCCUCACAAAAAAAAGGCCAUAGUAUCGCAUCUACUGAAGUAUUUGUUACCAACAAUUGGGUUAGCGAUGCUAGUAGUGAUCCCUUCAUUAGCCUAUAAAAUAUGCAAAACAAAGAAUCCUAGAUCUUCACUGCAGGCAGACUUGUACAAUUUAACUACAUGGAAAAGAAUUUCUCGCCAAGAACUUCUACUAGCAACAGAAAGGUUUAACUCAAGCAACUUACUUGGUGAAGGGAGUUUUGGAUCAGUAUACAAGGGAACACUUUCAGAUGGGAUGAAUAUUGCAGUAAAAGUUAUAAACUUGCAAGUCGAAGGGGCAUUUAAGAGUUUUGAUGUAGAGUGUGAGGUAUUACGGAAUGCUCGUCAUCGCAAUUUGGUCAAAAUCAUUACCAUUUGUAGCAACGUCGACUUCAAAGCACUUGUAUUGGAAUACAUGCCAAACGAGAACUUAGAGAAGUGGUUAUACUCUGAUGACCGUUGUUUGAAUUUCUUACAAAGGCUGAAUAUAAUGAUUGAUGUCGCAUCAGCAUUGGAAUACCUUCAUUAUGGUUACUCAGCAGUUAUUGUUCAUUGUGAUUUGAAGCCAAGCAACGUCUUGUUAGAUGUGGAUAUGGUUGCACAUGUUGCUGAUUUUGGUAUCGCCAAACUCUUAUGUGGUGAGGAUUCUAUGAUGCAAACCAUAACUCUUGCUACUUUGGGGUAUAUGGCACCAGAGUAUGGAUUAGGAGGAGUUGUGUCUACAAGAGGGGAUGUGUAUAGUUAUGGCAUUCUACUCAUUGAGACUUUUACAAGAAAAAAACCUACAGAUGACUUGUUUGCAGGAGAAAUGAGCUUGAAGCGGUGGGUAAAUGAAGCAUUGCCCAUCUCAGCAAUUGAUAUUGUUGAUGCCAGCUUGCUGGGAAACGAAAGAUAUUCUAUUGCAUUGGAGGAGUGCAUAUCUUCAAUUAUGGGAUUGGCUUUAGAUUGUUGUGCAGAGUUGCCUGGACAAAGAACUAACAUGAAAAUUGUUUUAGCCACGCUAAAGAAGAUCAAAACAAAGUCUUUAAGAGAUGUGGAAGCUCACUGACAUCAGCCAUGUGUUUGUUUAAAUCUUUUCUUUAUAUGUCUUUCUUAAUUAUAAAAGGGUAUUUUGAGAUUCCGAAAAAGAUACUUGUACUGUUGAAGUUACCGUUUAUGGUAUAUAAUUAUUAUAUGGUCAUUGAGAAUUAAUGGAAUACUUCAU